GUGGACGUUAAUGGCUGCGAUGCCACAUGAAACAAAAACAAAACAAAACAAAAAAACGUCCGCUUUGUAGGGAGACAAAUCGCUUUGUGUAUUAAAUUUAAGAGAGAUAAAAGCAUAACGCGCUAAGAUAUAGGAACGCCUUUGUUUCAGCGUCCUAAUGCACAAAACAUGUUCCCACGUGACUUUGCAUGGGGAGCGGCGACGUCUGCGUAUCAAAUAGAAGGUGGCUGGCAAUCGGACGGCAAGGGACCGAGUAUCUGGGACACAUUUUGUCAUGAGAAAGGCAGAGUGUUUGGGGACCAGAAUGGAGAUGUGGCCUGCAACAGCUAUGAGCUGUGGGAGAAAGACUUGGAGUGUAUCCAGCAGCUUGGGCUGACGCACUAUCGCCUGUCUUUCUCCUGGGCCCGCCUCCUGCCUGAUGGGACCACGCAACAUGUCAAUCAGAAAGGUGUGCAAUACUACAACAAAGUGAUUGAUGAUUUGCUAACCUCAAAUGUCUCACCGAUGGUUACCCUUUACCACUUUGACCUGCCUCAAGCUCUGCAAGACCAGGGAGGCUGGAAAUCACCUGGUAUAGCCAGUCUCUUUGACAAUUACGCUCAGUUUUGUUUCCAAACAUUUGGGGACCGUGUCAAACUUUGGAUCACUAUCAAUGAGCCACAAGUGUGCGCCAAACUGGGACACGAAGACGGCAUCCAUGCCCCAGGGUUAAAAGAGAAAGGCACUGCUGCCUACCUGGUAGGACACAACAUGCUGCGGGCCCACGCCAUGGCCUGGCACAGCUACAAUUCUCGCUACAGGUCAGAGCAGAAAGGUGCCGUGUCUAUUGCCCUCAACAGCGACUGGUGUGAGCCAUUAAACCAAGGUUGCCCCAAGGACAUUGCUGCUACUGAACGUGACCUUGCAUUUAAACUGGGAUGGUUCGCCUGGCCCGUGUUUGUUACCGGUGAUUAUCCAGAAAUAAUGAGAUCUGCUAUAGACGCUCAAAGUAGGAAGCUAGGAUACAAUGCAGCCUCAAGGCUCCCCAGUUUCUCCAAGGAUGAAUCUGCCAUUCUGGGAACUGCCGACUUCUUUGCGUUGAACUACUACACGUCUCGCAAAGUCAAACCAGGAGGAGGUUGUGAAAAGAUGUUGUGUAUAAAGGGAGACCAAGAUACAGAGGAAGUUUUGGAUUCAUCCUGGCCCAUCAGUGGACUGUCCUGGCUGGCUGUAGUGCCAGAUGGCUUGAGGAAACUCCUAAAGUACAUUAAGGACACUUUUAACAACCCCGCGAUCUACAUUACAGAGAAUGGUUUCUCUCAGGUGGGGCCACUGCAGAUCGAGGAUGCCCAGCGCUGUGUGUAUUACAAGGACACCAUCUCAGAAGUGGCAAAAGCUAUACAAGAAGAUGGGAUCAACGUCCGUGGAUAUUUUGCAUGGUCUCUGAUGGAUAACUUUGAAUGGGCCGAUGGAUUCAGCGUUCGUUUUGGCUUGUUCCACGUGGACUUCAGUGAUUUGAAGCAGAGUCGAACUCUGUACCAAUCUGGACGGGAAUAUGCAAAAAUCAUCUCAAAAUCCCGAUCUGGCCAGUCUAAAUAAGAGUAGCUGGAAAAAAUGUGCGUUACUAUGUGAAUUAUGAACAUGCUUUUGCUUUCAAGAACUGGAGUCAA